AUGGAUACGAUCAACGGUCUAGGAGAUGAUAUCAUCUGCCACAUUCUCUCUUACCUUCCGACAAAAGAAGCUGCUUUAACAUCUGUCCUCUCAAAGCGAUGGCGUAAUCUCUUUGUCUUGACGCCAAACCUUCAUUUAGACGAUCACCACCAAGUUAGUGAUCAUGGAGAAGACUUCAUCGAUUUUGUGGACAGAGUAUUGGCUGUGUCAAACGAUCUCCCACUAACCCUAAAGAAGAGUAUCUCCAUAAAAUGUCGAAAGAGUGUCGAAGACGACACUGGUCAUGUCACUCGCUGGUUGACUAACGUUCUGAAACUUGGCGUUCAGUAUCUUGAUAUAGAAGUAAUCGCUGAUGAUGUGGUUUUGAUGCCUCUCGAGAUCUUCACUUGCAAUACAAUUGUUGAGCUGAAACUAACAAAAGGAUUCGACGCUAUGAUUCCUGAUAGUGAUGUUUCUCUUCCAUCGCUCAAGACUCUCUAUCUUGAAUCGGUUUAUUUCUACAACAGUGGUUACUGUGUUUUGGAGAAGCUUCUUUCUUCUUGCCCUUUGCUUGAGGAACUAACCACUCGUAGUGCGAGAUGGCAGAAUGGGAAAUGUUGCCCCAACGUGUCCUCUUCGACACUUAAGAAGCUUACUAUCGAGGUUUGUGACGCUCUUGAUUAUUGGGACAUUACUUUCGACACUCCCAGUCUUGUCUACUUGGAAUACUCUGAUUUAGUUCCAAGAGCGUUAACAGUUGUGAAUCUUGAGUCCCUUGUUGAAGCUAAGCUUGAUCUCCAUGUAGAGGCAUUGUCUAGCAAUCCAACAAAUCUCAUCAAGGAGUUAAGAAAUGUUGAGUUCUUGGAGAUAUUAUCUGUUCGUACUUGGGAGAUGUUUUGUAUGUUCCGUGAAGUAAUCCCUGUGUUCAUCAACCUGUCUCGUUUAACUAUUACAAUUGAUUUCCCUGACGACGAUUGGGAGUUUCUGCCGAUACUUGUAGGAAAAUCUCCAAAUCUACACACACUCGUCAUCAAGGGUACAUUGUUCGUUGAUAGAUAUGAACGAGAAUAUGAUUAUGGAUCGUCAUGUCCCGUGAAAGUAUUGAAGAUAACUGAGUAUGGAGGAGAAACUGGUGAGCUAGAGCAAAUGAAGCUUUUCCUAGAGAAACUGUCGUCGUCACUUGAGCUCGUCAAAGUUCUUGCAUAUGCAACAAACGACAAGGAAAAGUCUCGUAUUACCAAAGAUCUGCUCAAGAUUCCUAGAUCUUCCAAGUGCAAUAUCAAGAUUAUGUUUUGCGAGAAAGCAAGACCUCGAAAACGUUUUUCCAGAAAAGUCUAA